AAAAACUUCAAGGUCCGUCAAGUCUACCCGCAUUGCGAUAGAUUGGCCAAUUAUCCCACGAUGCCCCCCCGGAUACCAUUUCCCAGCGCUUCGCUGUGCUGCAGAGCGACUCUCAGCACUCCCGCGACCUCAUUGACCGCCUGUCUCGCCCGCCUCACCCUCCAGCAAACCCGCAAUGCCUCGAUCCUAGGCAGCCUGGCCAACAAUCCUGGCGCUGUUCACAAGAAGAAGAGAGUCGGUCGCGGUCCCUCCUCAGGCCACGGAAAGACUUCCGGAAGGGGUCACAAGGGUCAGGGACAGCAUGGCAAGGUGAAACCCUGGUUCCAGGGUGGUCAGACGCCAUUGAUUGUGAAGCACGGCAGAAAGGGCUUUGACAACUUCCGGGCCCCUGAGAUCUCCGAAGUGAACCUGGACCAGAUCCAGAACUGGAUCGACCAAGGCCGACUCGACCCCACGAAGCAAAUCACGCCAAAGGAGCUGAUCGAAAGCAAGCUGAUUGGCAGCGUCAAGGAUGGCGUAAAGAUUCUCUCUCGCGGCGGCGAGAACCUCAAGCAACCAAUCAACGUCAUGGUUUCAAGGGUCUCCUCUGGAGCAAUUGCCGCCAUCGAGGCUGCUGGAGGCACGGUCCUUACCAGAUAUUACACAAAGCUAGCGAUUCAGCGACUCUUGACGGGCGAGUCGGUCAACACAGACAAGCCACUACCCGUUGGCCCGGAGCAUGUGGAAGGGAUCCUAGCAGAGGCGAGAAAAGGCCCAUUCCGAUACAGAUUGCCCGACCCUACAAGCCGUGCCGACAUCGAGUAUUACCGAGACCCAGCGCAUAGAGGAUACCUGAGCCACCAGAUUGCUCCAGGCCAGUCGCCCAGUUUGUACUUUAAGGUACCUGGUCCAACAGGAAUCGCCGCUGAGCGCACAGUGACCGCCUUAGUCCAACCUUCUAGCGCCGCCAUUACGAGUUCGUCAACACUAAGCCAACUUGAUACUGCGACUGACAACCAACCCAACCUCGCCUCCUCCAGACUCUUUGCAUCAACCCCGCGGCCGCAGCAGAUCUUCGCCCUUCUUUUGCUCUCCUUCUGCCGUAUUCCCCCUUGUCUCCCCUUCGUCACGAGUUGCACAAGAGCUCCAGCGAAUCGAUCACCGGCGCCCGGCCACCACAGCAUGUCGCUCUUUGGGGAUGAGCCCACCGACAAUGGGCCAGCUUUGGGCUCGUCGCCUCGUCGCGGAGGAGCCCGAAGCAGCGGCCUUUUCGAGGACGAGCCAGCGUCAGGCCGCAAUUCCUCCAGCCUCUUCGACGACGGCAGCGGCGCCUCGUCGCCCUGGGACAUGCCCACGCCGCGCAAGCAGCAGAGCAGGGCCGAGCUGAUCCGCAACCUGCUGCCGGCUUCGGACGUGCCCGAGAGCUAUAUCGAGACCUUCGAUGCCGUAGUGCGUGAGGACGGCCAAGAUGGCCAGGUUACAGCUUCGGGCAUUGCCAAGCUGUUUGCCGUGGCCCGCCUCGAGGCCGAUGCUCAGGCGCGCAUCAUGUCGCUGGUAGCUCCAGGAGGGUCCGAUGUGCUAUUGUCGCGCAACGAGUUCAACGUCGUUCUGGCCCUCAUUGGCCUGGCGCAAGAAGGCGACAUCAUUAGCCUUGAUGGAGUAGAUGAGCGGCGAAAAGAUAUCCCUCGGCCCAAGCUGCCCGGACUGACCGCCGAACCGAUUAUGCCUCCUGUCGCUGAGCUUGCUGCAAAGCCGCCACAAGUCCCAUCCAAACACGAAUCCGACCCCGACCCCGAGUCCGACAACCCCGAGCCUCUGCCCCAGUUCCAACCUCAACCUCAGCUUCAUCCACCAUCUCAGCCCGAACCUGAACAUUCACAGGCCCCUGCAAGCAUCCUGAGCAGAUCAACCAUGGUUGACCCCGACGACGAUCCGUGGAACACGCCAGACAUGCACAAGGGUCAUUCUCAUCAAAAUGGAAACGAAAGCCACAAUCCCGCCAUCAAUGGACACAAUAACGGCUUCAACCCGGAUGCGCCUCCAGCCUUCGAUCCACGCCCCACGAACCAUUACAGUGCUCCGCCAGAGCCAAUCCGCCCUCCUAACCGCCCACGACAAAUUUCGAGUACCUCUCUGUCCGGUCAGGGCGGAUGGGGGGCUGGAUUCUACGGCAGCUCGCCCGCCGGUGGUGGCUUUACCGAUAUACACCAACCUCAACCUCAACCGCCCAUCCCAAACAUCUUUGGAGCUCAACCUCAGCCUCCCAUCCCCAACAUCUUUGGAGCGGACGGUGCUGGUCAGAUUGGAGCAAUCGUCCCACCUCCCGUUGCUCCAUCCCGGAGCUUGGGAGGCCGUGUCGGAAACAAUACGGAGGAAGUCGUCGUUGUUACUCUCAUGCCUGGCAAGGAGGGCAUAUUCAUGUUUCAGCAUCACAACUACGAAGUCACCAGCCAGCGGCGCGGGAGCAAGGUUGUUCGACGAUAUAGCGACUUUGUCUGGCUGUUGGACUGCUUGCACAAGAGGUAUCCGUUUAGAAUGCUGCCAUUAUUGCCACCCAAGAGGGUAGCCGUGAAUGGAAACCACCUAUCCAACGAUGGCGCCUUUAUCGAAAAACGACGACGAGGGCUGGGUAGGUUCCUAAAUGCCAUUGUACGACACCCAGUGUUGAGCCUAGAGCAGCUCGUAAUCAUGUUCUUGACUGUCCCUACGGAACUUGCUGUGUGGCGGAAGCAAGCAACUAUUUCUGUCCAAGAUGAAUUCACGGACCGAGCACUGCCUCCCGGCCUAGAAGAUUCACUGCCACCAACCCUCGAGGACCUCUUUAUUCGAACGCGCAAUGGAGUUCGCCGAUCUGCCGAGCUAUACAUCAACUCGUGCAACAUCAUGGACCGCCUCGUCAAGCGGACUGAGGGCGUCGCCGCUGAUCAUGCGCGGGUUGCCCUGUCGCUCAUUUCGCUCACCGAGGUCUCUGCGGAUACUUAUGCUACCGAUACGAGCGAGAUUCCGCUGCUCAACGACGGUUUGACAGCCAUGAGCAAGCAUCUGCGGACCUGCCAAAGCUUACUCGAAGACGAGAGCCGAGGCUGGGAUGAAGGUGUGCUAGAGGAUCUGAAGCGACAGCGUGAUGCUCUGGUUAGCCUUCGCGAGCUGUUUGACCGAAGGGAGCGACUGGACAAGGACAACAUUCCGUACUUGGAAAGGAGGAUACAGGCCAACGAGACUAAACUGGCCAACUUGCGGUCUAAGCCAGAAGGCCUAGUCAAGCCCGGGGAGAUUGAAAAGGUGGCAGAGGCCAUCAUUAAGGACAAGGAGUCUAUAGUGCAGCAGCACAACCGCUCCAUCUUUGUCAAGGAAGCUUUGCGAGACGAGCUCAUUGCCUUCCAGUCGACGCAGUACCACGUCAGCAGGUGGAAUCAGGACUGGGCUGGCGAGCGCGUCAAGUAUGCAGAGAUGCUGGCCGACAAUUGGCGGCGCCUGUUGGAUGCUCUAGAGGGCAUGCCGCUGGGCGACUAA